AUGGACGACUCCGCCCUGUUCAUGGAAUGGGCCAUGGACACGCUGGAGCAGGAGCACCCAGACCCAGUGGUGGCUGUCAACGGCGAGGCAGCCUUCCCCUCGCUUCAGGCGCUCUGUGAGCAGCGCCUCGUCUUCGAAGAGCUGAUUACGGGACCCAAUCCGGCAAGCAGCGGGAGCUCCGGCGAAACCACAGACGGCAGCGGAGGUUUUGGUGGUAAUUUCUCGUCCCCGGCGGCCAUGGAGCACGACGUCUGGCCCCCGUCCCCGCCCACCUCGGCCAGCCGACGAGGAGGGCCGCCGCAAGAAGCCCCACCGGCACCAGGCCCGUGUCGUCGGGGCCGCCUUACGCGCAGGACCAUAUCAUGGCGGAGCGGAAGCGACGGGAGAAGAUUAACCAGCGCUUCAUCGAGCUCUCCACCGUCAUCCCCGGCCUCAAGAAGAUGCACAAGGCGACGAUCCUUUCCGACGCAACGAGGCACAUCAAGGAGCUGCAGGCGAAGAUCAAGGCCCUCGACGCAGCCACCGGCCGCAGCAGCAGGAGCAUCGAGACCGUGGUGCGCGUCAAGAAGAAGCCGCGCCACGCCGCCGCCGCCCUCGUCCGCGUCGUCCUCUACGGGGAACCCGCUGCCGGAGAUCGAGGUGCGGUUCUCCGAGAACGGCGUGAUGUUGAGGAUCCUCUGCGACGACGUCCAGGGGGUGGUGGUGAGGGUGCUGGCGGAGGUGGAGGAGGGGCUCCACCUCACCGUCACCCACGCCAAUGUCAUGCCAUUCACGGCCUGCACUGUGAUCAUAACCAUCACGGCAAAGGUGGAUGAGGGAUUCACUGUUAUAAUAGAGGAGAUCGUAGGAAGACUCAACUCUGUGCUGGAAUUAUAUAGCAGCUGCACUUCUACCGAAGAAAAAUGA